UUAAAAGCGUUUUGCUUCAUUUACUCUCUAGUGUUGAACGCGUUUUAUGUAACAGCAGACUACAGAAAUAAUAGUGUUUCGUGGUGUAAGAAUUUGUUGCAGUUUUCCACCAGUUUUUCCUCGUCCUUUUGGCGAGCAUGGUGGAGCUGUCCUUUCUUGCGCCCCUCUACCCUCCUCGUCCCCCUUCUUUCUCCUUUUUUCAGGCUCAAAGGAAGAGGGGUGGAGGGGGGGGUCUGCAUUUAAUAUGAGCGGAAAGGGCGUCACUUCGGCGCAGACGGCAGCGGGGAUGAGUUCACAAGCAAACAAGGGGCGAGAAGAGCAACGCGUGGGAGCGGAGCAGGCAGCACCGGUCUGAGACGCCGAAAAGGGGAUGUGACCGCCUCUUCUUGCCGGCGGGGACGGCGGCGAGGACGUGUCUGCAGUGAUCAUCUGAUAAAGACCAAGCUAUGGGAUGAAAAUGCGACGACACAGGGUGUUUUUGCUUUGCACGGUGGGCCUGUGCGUCAUCUCUUUCCUGCACUACUACAAGGCCCUGCACUAUGUCUCUGUGCUGCGGGAACUCUCUGCUCCCUACCCCAACAUCAAGUCGUUCAUAAUGGUCAGUGGCCUCUUCUGGAAGGACCGGCCCUUUCCUCUGGCCAGCACUGAACCCAGUGAGGCUCACCCCUUCAGCAUGCAGUCAUUCAGCAUGGAUGUCCGGAGAAGUAUGGAGGUGGAGUUGCCUCAGGAUGGGUUGGUCAGGGGUGGACAGAGAAACUUUGACGCAAAUCCCUGGUAUCCCAGUGUUCCUUCUGGAAUCAAGCCAGGCCCCCCAUCUGAUAAGGUGUCCAUGGUGAAGAAUCAUGACUCUACAAAUGUAACUCUUUUUGACCCCAAGGAGCUGUUUGGGAGUCUGCACCAGCGUAUCGUCAAGCUUCAAGAUGACACAACGUCAUACUUUGUGCGCACGAAAGCGGGAGCCUUGUGCUUCCGAGAGGGGACCGAAAUGGCUGCUCCGAAGGAGGACCGAAUGGUGUCGAGCCAGCGGAGGAUGUUACAGCACCGGGAACAGGAACACACAUUCCCAGCCAAACCGAAGCGGGGCAAGCGGCUCGUCAAGUGUGUCUGUCGCCAAGGGUGGCACGGCCCUUACUGUGGCGUCCCCACGAUGGUGUACCACUCCAGUCUGCCUACAAAAGACAGGCUGACGCCCAGGGAGGUCCCUCGCCGAAUCAUCAACGCCAUCAACAUCAACCACGAGUUCGACCUGCUACACGUCCGUUUCCACGAGCUAGCCCAAGCAGUGGACCUCUUCCUGGUGUGCGAGUCCAACUUCACGGCUUACGGUGAGGGGCGGCCCCUGCAGUUUUUGCACCUUCUCCUGAAUGGGACUUAUGACUACGUGCGACAUAAGAUCCUCUACGUCUUCCUGGACCACUUCCCCCAAGGCGGGCGGCAGGACGGCUGGAUUGCUGACGACUACUUGCGCACCUUCUUGACCCAUAAUGGAAUGUCCCGGGUCAGGGGCCUGAGACCGGAUGAUGUCUUUAUCAUCAAUGAUGCAGAUGAGAUCCCCGCACAAGAGGGCAUCCUCUUCCUGAAGCUCUUUGAUGGCUGGACAGAGCCCUUUGCCUUCCACAUGCGAAAGUCUCUCUACGGCUUCUUCUGGAAGCAGCUGGGCUCCCUGGAGGUACUGUCCGGGUGCACAGUGCGAAUGCUCGCCGCGGUCUACGAGGACGAUGGCAUCAAGCUCAGGCGCCGGGAGUACUACUCCAUGCCGGGGUUCCGCAAGUAUGAGAAUGAUACUGGUCACAUUCUGGUUCAAUGGUCCAUCGGGAGCCCGGUCCACUUUGCUGGCUGGCACUGCUCAUGGUGCUUCACACCAGAGGGCAUCCUCCGUAAGCUCGUCUCGGCCCAGAAUGGAGACUUCCCUCGCUGGGGGGACUACGAGGACAAGCGGGACCUAAACUACAUCCGGGAGCUGAUCCGUACCGGGGGCUGGUUCGACGGCAGCCUUCAGGAAUAUCCCCCUUCUGACGCCAAGGAGCCUAUGUAUGCUCCUAAAUACCUGCUGGAAAACUAUGACCGCUAUCGCUAUAUGCUGGAGAACCCAUAUGCCAAAAAGGAAGCACUGACUGAGCGGUAACAGACGCGGCGGAAGGGGCUCGUAUCCUGUGAACGAGCUUGUGAAACAGCUGGGUGAAGGAAAGGCUUUCAGCUGUUUGGUCCCUGAAUUUUGGUCCUUGUUCUGCCUUGCUGUGCCCAUCAAUUAUUUGUAAAUUCAGGCUAGUGUCUGAUAAGCAGGAGUCUCCCUCGUGUUGGAGGGAACGGAAAGCCUCAGCCCUGGAAAUACGAUUUUUCCACGUUUAUCACCUUAUUUUCGGGCUCCUGCCUUCAUAAAUCUGUGUCAAGCUGCUGUUUGACAUUUUCCUGCUGUCUCUCUAUCUCCUUCCAGUCAGAGACCAUGAGUAUACGUUUUUGUACAUUCAGAUUUUGACACUUGGGCAGUGAAAUAUAUUUUUAUGCAUUAUUUGGUAGUCUCUCACUUCCGCUGACGGCGAAGUGUCCACUAACUGCACCCACUUUUUUGUACGCAGAACGUUUUGUAUCCUUGUUAGAAAAGCGAAAUCAUUACAAUACUGGCCACUGCAAGUUAAUCAUAACAAUAACAGCAACAAAACCAGCAAAGGGAAAGUAAAGACUUGGUUAUGCUCGGCAUAUCAGAUGCUUUGAGAGGAAUGGGGGGCAAGCAAAAGGUAAACAUGGGGCAAGUUUGAGUAUAAUUCACGCUCAUUCUGCAAGUGUCUGGUUUCCCCAGAGCAGACACAGACCCCCAGAGGAAGACCCAUGGAUAGGCUCCCAAGAUGCAACGCUGUCUGGCCGGUCAGCCAGUAACGCGGCUGCAGCUCCUCAUGCACUUGGCAGAGAAUGACAGAGUCAUUGCUGCGCAGUGCCCUGAGAUCACACUGAAUGCCUCGGGAUGGCUGUAAAUCGGCCUGGCAUACACUGCCGCCCCGAGUGUCUAGGAGCGGCUCUUCCACUGCGCGCUGGUCUUGGCAGCCUGCCGCAGGACUCCCAGUGAAGUCGGGUGUUACAGUGUGCUGCUCCUGUCCAGGAGGGAACGGCGCCCAACUUGCCACUACGAUGGCAGCAGGCUGAGCCGGCGUCACCAGCGCCGGGCACAGCCGGGGCUUUAGAGACACACCACUGUCGUGAAUGGGAAUGUUUUUUUUUAAAAGGGAUUGUAGUAAGAAAAGAGAAAAAAAAGUCUGCAAAAAGAUGAAAUUGCUUGUAAUAUAAAUACACAUAAUUAUUUGGGACCAAUAUACAGUUAUCGCUGGUUUUUAAAAUUCUUGCCAAAGAAUUAUCAGUGUCCAAGCCGAGGGCCGUGCUCUCUGCAAUCAAGCAUGAAUUUGUUUUUUUUUUUUUUUUACCACAGAUUGAUCAGUGUGUUUAUGGCUCUUUUGUCACCUAAUGUACUGCAUUACAUUGUGACACAAGUAUGUUGUAUUUUUAAAAGUUUGGUACAUAAAUCAACAUGUGGGUGAUUAACAUGAUGCCAAUUAACAAUUCAGUGGUCACACCCCUGAGUAAUAAUUUGUGUUAUGCACCUUAAACAGUCUAAUUAGUAGAGGAAAACCAACAUCUACUCUCUGAAAUACACAAUACAGUAGUUGCCAUUGUCUGCCACUGAGAACUAGAUGUUGGGACUUCGAAGUUGUUUACACCCAUUAUUGUUUAAUACUCUUGUCACUGAUCUUUUUGUUCCUGGUUACCGUUGUAUGUAUAUCUGAGUGUCAGAUUACACAGACUUAUUCAUAUGAAAAUAUCCAGGUGCCACACAAGCAAAUGUUCUCUGACGGCUUUACUUACUGUUUUUUUUUUUUUCUUCUUACGAACAAAUUUCUGAAAAAAUCAGAAAGAUGUUUACGAGGAACGUCGUUCUUGCAACUAAUUGUGUACAGAUUUCUCAUGUAUUGUCUUUAAAAUGUCUUUUUUUGGUAUGGUGAUGCGAUUUUGUUCUUGAUAUAAUUUAUUGUUGAACUGUGCCUGGAUUUUAAAAAGGGAAAAAAUCAUGCAAAUACGUAACAUGAGAAGACAAACAGAAAACACACAAGGUUAACAAGACGGUCCCAGCCUACCUACCACAUUCCAUAUAUCUGUCUCACAUCCAGCCAUAAAUAACCACCAGAUCUUAAUGUCCUUCACUCUCGCCAAAAGUGUCCAUCUGUAUCCGUCUGCUUGUUAGAGGCCGUUGUCAUGCUGUUAAUUUAGCAAAUAAUUGAUUAUAGUGACCUGUACUAUUAAUGUCAACCCAUAAUGGAACAUGGAAUUUGGAAACAGUGUAAAAAAAGUAGCAUCGUAAGAUCCUAACAAUCUCUCCUUAUAAAGAGGAUCUUAGUGUUUCGUUUAAAGAAGACGAGCCGUUUGCUGCUGCUUGUAGAUGCGUGACCUUUGUGCAGAGGGUGACCUGGUGCCUAUGCAGAGUUCUUGCCAGAAUUCGGUCUCAGAAACAGCCGUUUGUCCAAAGGCAGGAUUUAUACAUAUAGCUUUGAUCCUGUUGGUUUCAUGAGUGUAUUUUGUAAGAAAGGCAGUUUACACACCUUCUGGUUCCCUGACCAACAGCUACAGCAUUGGGUGACACUGGGACACAAUGACAUACAGACACUGACCGAUGCAGACCAACAGGAACGAUGCAGACUGACAGUGAUGUACACUGUCACCAUGACAUAGUCUGAAAAGCAUAAUUACAAACACUUGUUAGUGAUGUACACAGUCAGUGAUAUAGACCAACAGAUAUAAUAAAACUACAGUGACAGACCAAGAGGAACCAUGCACUGAUCUACACUGACAGUGAUUUACAUUGUCACUGUGACAUAGACUGAGCACUGUAAUUACAAACAGUUAUGUGAUGUAGACUGAGAACUGUGAUUACACAUGCUGCCACUAUAGAGAGAUGAUCAUGUCAGCAGCCUGGAAUACAAAGGGGGGUGUGGCUGUCCCAGUGUGCACUUGGUAGAGGAGCAAAGUGUUAUGUGCUCUAUGAGAAUACACCAUUUAACAAACGCGAAGCAGAGCAUAUACACUUUCCAAUUACGUGCAUGACUUGUUGCCAGGUCUGCCUAACCCUUUUUCAAAGAAUAGUUUCUCCCUGUGUGAAAAGAGUGCUUGGGCUCCCCAGGCAAACUCUGACUCACUUGGUAACAAAGGAGUUAACACCCAAUCCAGCACCCUAUUGGGUGUGCCGGCCUUCUCAAGCAGUCAGUUACAUGUCUCAUAAUGUGAAAUGUAAAGUCGCAGACAACAUGGUUGUGCAUCUGUGUUUGCAAAAAGUACAUCUGCAACUCAUGAACAGAUUUAGACUUGUUUUAUGAGUAUCCACGGACUGAUUUGGUUCUAAAGUCUGCUUACGCUGGCCCCUGGGCAAAGAGUUGAGUUGCCCUGUUUCAGGGUGGUGUUUUGCAUCUGUUAUAAUGUGGGUUGUAGCCACUAGGAGUUCAGUCUUGUGUUAAAUCCCCAUUCAGCCGAAGCAGCAUCAAAGCUGCAGACUCCAGCUGUUACUUCAAAGACGGCUUUAAGGGAGUCAUUGCUCCGUUAUAUAUUGCUGUGCCUCAGAAACCCUUCUGUGACUCACCCAGGGUGGAAGGGUGGGAAUGAGAGCCAGCCAGCCAUAGCGAGCUCCACGCUUCAGCCUGGAAUGGCUUGGCUGACUCUCGUGACGCCAUGUAGUCCUUUAUGAUUCUUCAGCCAUGUCUGGAUCACUGAAAAUACAACUGAGGUUGUGAGUCUAGUUAGACCAAGGGCUUAUGGCUCAAACGUUAUCCUCUUAAAACUGAACCAAACAAAUUAACAGAAGCACAUGGAGACUGAUUAUCCAGCAUUCGAGGGAAUGAUACCCUACAGGGGGUCAGUGAUCUUUCUCUUACUCUGUUUGACUUCCUGAGUCGUACCUGUGAAAACUGUACAAUGGUACCAAAUUUCCUUGUAUAUUUUGACCAAAGGACCCUAAAAAUAGGGGGGGAGCCUGUGCCAGGAUUUUAUAAUGGGGUCUAAACCCCUCCAUGCCAGCAGCUGCAUGAUAAAGGGGGAAAAGAGAAAUACUUCAUUUUUAUUAUUUUUUUUUAACACAGAAUGGGUAAAAUUGUCCUGUCCCGCAUCAGUGUCCAGUUUCUGAUUACUGAGUUCAAGCAAAAAGCCUGUUUUCCAUGACCAGCUGUGUGUUAACCUUGACGAUAAUGAUUUGGAGAAAAUAUAUGUAAUAAAUUAAAUUAACAUUUUGUUCACAGUAUUA